AUGAACGCGGAGGAGGCUGCAGCGGCGAUUGCGUCCAACACGGAGGGGGUCUACGAUGAGGUGGAAAUCGAGGACAUGGAAUUUGAUGAGGAGAAGAAGAUCUACACUUAUCCUUGCCCCUGUGGCGACAAGUUCGUCAUCUCCGAGGAGGAGCUGAUGAAUGGAGAAGAGAUUGCGCGAUGCCCGAGCUGCUCGCUGUACAUCCGAGUAAUUUACGAAGUGGAAGAGGAAGAGGAGGAGGACAAGGACUCGAGCCUAGGCUCCGCGACGACCAUUGCCGUCAACUAA